ACUCCCAACCCCUCAUUCUCAAAAACACAAACUCUCCCUCCACUGCCUUCACUCUUCUCUCUCUCAUUUUGUCUAUGCUCGGAGCCUCCGUUUCCUAGACGGCGAGCCAUGUCGGACGUCCAUCUCUUCAAUAACAUCUCUCUCGGCGGCCGCGGCGGCACUAAUCCGGGGCAGCUAAAAAUACAUCCAGGAGGGAUUAUGUGGAAGAAACAAGGGGGUGGGAAAGCAAUUGAGGUUGAUAAGGCGGUCAUUGUUGGAGUGACAUGGAUGAAGGUCCCAAAGACAAAUCAACUUGGUGUUCGGAUUAAAGAUGGGUUGUACUAUAAAUUCAUUGGAUUUCGAGACCAGGAUGUCACUACUUUAACCAAUUAUUUCCAAACUACUUUCGGAAUAGUAGCAGAGGAGAAGAAGCUUUCUGUCAGUGGGCGUAACUGGGGAGAAGUUGAUUUAAGCGAUAAUAUGCUGUCUUUCUUGGUUGACUCCAAGCAAGGAUUUGAGGUAUCUUUGGCUGAUGUCUCACAAACACAGCUUCAGGGGAAAAACGACGUCACCUUAGAGUUCCAUGUGGAUGACACCACUGGAGCAAACGAGAAAGAUUCUUUGAUGGAAGUAACUUUUCACAUUCCCAACUCCAACACUCAAUUUAUGGGUGAUGAGAAUCGUCCUCCUGCUCAGGUAUUUCGUGACAAAAUUAUGUCGAUGGCAGAUGUUGGUGCUGGAGGUGAAGAUGCUGUUGUCACAUUUGAGAGUAUUGCAGUCCUCACACCAAGGGGUCGCUACAAUGUUGAACUUCAUCUUUCAUUCUUGCGGUUGCAAGGGCAGGCUAAUGAUUUCAAAAUUCAGUACAGCAGUGUUGUUCGCCUCUUUCUCCUUCCUAAGUCUAACCAGCCACAUACCUUUGUUGUUGUUACUCUUGAUCCGCCUAUCCGUAAAGGACAAACACUGUAUCCACACAUUGUUUUGCAGUUUGAAACUGAAUAUGUAGUUGAAAGUGAACUGGCAAUAAGUGAUGACCUUUUAAACGGCAAGUACAAAGACAAGUUAGAACCAACUUAUAAGGGACUAAUUCAUGAUGUGUUCACCAAAAUACUGCAUGGAUUGUCUGGUGCCAAAAUUACUAAACCAGGGAAGUUCCGCAGCUGUCAAGAUGGUUAUGCUGUGAAGUCUUCACUGAAAGCUGAAGACGGAGUUCUAUAUCCUCUGGAAAAGAGCUUCUUUUUCCUACCUAAACCUCCUACCCUUAUUACUCAUGAUGUGAUUGACUAUGUGGAAUUUGAGAGGCAUGGUGCUGGAGGCUCAAAUAUGCAUUAUUUUGAUCUUCUUAUCAGACUUAAAAGUGAGCAAGAACAUCUGUUUAGAAACAUUCAGAGGAAUGAAUAUCAUACUCUUUUUGACUUCAUCAGUUUAAAGGGUAUCAAAAUCAUGAACUUAGGAGAUGCUCAAGUAACAGAUGGUGUGUCUCCUCUUCUUGAAGAGGCAGAUGAUGAUGCUGUUGUUGACCCACAUCUUGUUCGCGUAAAGAAUGAAGCUGGUGAGGAAGAUAGUGAUGAAGAGGAUGAAGAUUUUGUUAUUGAGAAGGAUGAUGGAGGUUCUCCAACUGAUGAUUCUGGGGGUGAAGAUUCUGAUGCUAGUGAAAGUGGAGGCGAGAAAGAGAAGCCUGCUAAAAAGGAGCCCAGGAAAGAACCUUCAACUUCAAAGGUGCCAUCUUCCAAGAAAAAAUCCAAAGAGGUCGAUGAAGAUGGUCCAAAGAAGAAAAAACAGAAAAAGAAGAAGGAUCCAAAUGCACCAAAAAGAGCGAUGUCUGGUUUCAUGUUCUUCUCACAGAUGGAGAGAGAGAAUGUGAAGAAAGACAACCCCGGGAUUGCAUUUACGGAUGUGGGAAGAGUGCUUGGGGACAAGUGGAAGAAGAUGUCAGCGGAGGAGAAAGAACCAUAUGAAGCAAAGGCCCGUCAAGAUAAAUUACGCUACAAGGAUGAAAUUAGUGGCUACAACAAGAGUAACACCCCCCAACCCAUGAAUGUGGAUUCAGGGAAUGAAUCUGACAGCGAAUAGAUUUGAAGUAGAAUCAAAUCAGCCACUUAUAUUUUGUUCGAGUGGUAUACUUAACGUGUAUGGUAGAUUUUUGUUUACCUCUUGUAUUAUGAACAUACCAUGUUUCGAUUUACACUAGUUUGCUUAUAAAUCUAGUUUUAGUGCUUGAAGACAGCAAUUGCUAA